GCAAUCUCCAGUUUUGAUCAGGAACCUGGCGGUGGAUUUGCUGGCGCAGUCCUUCGAACUACUCGACGCUUCGAGUCUGCCAGUAGCGUGUUUGGUGAGAUAAGAAAACGAUGUCGACGUCGGUCCAGUAAAGUGGAGAAUACGCAUUGCGCUGCGAAGCGUUCUUUCAAGGCACACGCAUUCAGAGAGAUCACUGCGAGGGAGCAGAGAUUCAUCAGCCCCAAGAUCAGCGUAACCUUAAAAGAUUCGCCACCCUAACCAUCAACGUGCUUCGAAUUCAGCUGCCAAAAUGACCAACAAUACGCAGUUCAAACCUGUCACCCACUGUAUCUUUGACAUGGACGGCCUUCUAUUGGAUACGGAAACGCUGUAUACCGAAGCGUUUAGUCGAAUCGUCGCGCCAUAUGGCAAAACAUACACGUGGGAGCACAAGGCGCGUAUAAUGGGACUGAGGACAACUGAAGUGGCAGCGGCUAUAAUCGAUAUACUAGAUUUGCCGAUGAAGCCCGAGGAGUUUGAGGCUCAGGCAAAAAAAUUGUACAUCGAAUUAUUUCCUCGUACAAAAUUACUGCCCGAUACCGAGAGGAUAUACAAAGUUAUUUAUCAAAAUAUAUGCUCCAUGUAUGGUCAGCGUUACGAAAGCGAUAUCCAGUUCCAAGUUCUCGGGAGACCGGAGCGUACAGGCGCCGAAAUGAUAAUACAGCAUUACAAGCUGCCCCUUAGCGCCAACGAAUUUCAAGACAUUUAUCACCGCUUGCAGAAGGAAUUGUUCACAGACGUUAAAUUGAUGCCAGGUGCUGAGAGGUUGCUGCGCCAUUUGAAAGCUCACAACAUUCCAAUAGCUCUGGCGACAAGCUCGGGCGCGGAAAGCUACAAGCUGAAAACUGUCAACAGCUUGGAAGUGUUCGAUCUGUUCAAUCACCAAGUACUCGGUGGUUCUGACCCUGGCGUCAGGAGGGGAAAACCAUGCCCCGACAUAUUCAUUGUCGCCGCUGAAAGAUUUCCCGAGCCAGCAGACCCUGCCAAGUGUCUCGUCUUUGAAGAUGCUCCGAAUGGUGUGCAAGCUGCACUCGCGGCUGGAAUGCAAUGCGUUAUGGUGCCUGAUGAAAACCUACCGAAAAGAUUGCAGAACACCGCUACGCUGGUUAUAAACAGCUUGGAGGAAUUUAAACCAGAAUUGUUUGGUCUACCGGCAUUCCCAGACAAAGCCUAAACCGAACGAUUAGUCGUAAAUGGGGAAAUUGUUUUUCUCUUCUGUUUUCCUUCCUUCGUUUUCUUUCUAGAGAUGAUUCAAUGUUCAUUGUCGUCGGCAGUUAAACGAUGAUUAGAUAAUUAUAUGAUACUUCAAGCUAGAAGGUUAACUCAGAACAGCACAUAGUCAGAAAUAGGAUUAAAAAUUCCAUUAGGAUAUCACAUGUAGGUAGUUUUCUAUGUUUGGUAGCUCUGUUUUGAUUUAUAGUGUAAGAUAACGACGAUAGUUAUAAUGAUAAUGAUAUCCCAUUCAGUAUGCUACACUUGGCUUGGUUGUAAAAUGUUACUCAUUAAUAUUUAAGUAUGCAUGUAUACACUCCUGUAUAAUGUAGGUUUACCAAUUUACUGACAACAUUCGGAGGAAAAAAAAUAGGAAGACAAUAUCACUCCCCUGUCGCACUGUACGCGAAUCGAGAGCGUGAAAUUGUCUUGUCUCUGCCUUACUUCAUACCUUGUUUGUGAAUAUUUCGUUUCCGUUCGAGCAUUCUCGCAAAGUACAAAAUAAUUCUGAAUUGUACACAUAUGUAUUAGAAUAAAAAGACAAACACUAAUUCUGUUCAUCCGAAUAAUGGCUCCUUAGAAUUUUCCCCAAGAUGUUUUGCAGGAUAGUCUUCAAAAGAACUUUUAACGACAAACAAGUGAAAAAUAUCGUAAAUUACCUCUUUAAUGUUCAAUAAACAUAGAUGGUCGCUGCACAGGCUAUACGCUCAUCACUUUCUCUAAAUAAAUUAUAUAUUACAAGUUA